CCAAAGCCCGGGUGAAGGGGACAGAGGGCGAGGGGUGAGCCCUGGUGAGGAACCCGAGAGCCAGGAUGGCUGGCAUGGUGCUGGGAGUGGGUGCCGGCGUGUUCCUCCUCGCUCUGAUCUGGGUGUUGGUGCUGCUGCUGUGUGUGCUGUUAUCCAGAGCCUCUGGGAUAGCUAGGUUCUCCACCGUCUUUGUCUUCCUUGGUGCUCUGAUCAUCACUACAGUUCUAUUGCUUUUCCCUCGAGCCAGUGAAUUACCAGCCCCAGAAGGUGAAAUGAAGAUCGUGGAUGCCUUUUUCAUCGGCCGCUAUGUCCUGCUAGCUUUCCUCAGCGCUGUCUUUCUUGGAGGCCUCUUCCUGCUUCUUACUCAUCAUGUGCUGGAGCCAAUCUAUGCCAAACCACUGAGGUCCUGCUGAGCACGGUAACGGAAACACGGGACAUGUUGACGUCAUGGAUGAGCGCAAAGGCGAUUGAUCUCUGGAGCCUUGACCACCUUCAUGUUUUCAGACCAGAGGAAUAACCAUUUGUCACUAAGGCAAACCUCCUGAGCCCGGGCCUCCAGAAACUCAGUAGCAAAGCAGAGUCCAUGGAUGUAAAUUGUCACCAUCAAGACAGGUACAGCUGUCUUUUCGGAACCCAUACUCAGGAUUUCUGUCUGUUUUAGAUGAACAGUAGAAACAGUGAUCUGCCUUGGGUUCAGUCAAGCUGUUGAGUAGUAGAUUUGGGGAAAGGAAUUUUGGGCUCCGUUGUCCAACAGAAGAAGCUGGCCCUUUUAAAAUAAUGUGUAAGUUAUAAGUUCUCAGUUGAGUAUUUGUAACCAUUUGGAAGGGAGAGGCAUUCAAACACAAAAUUGCUUUCAUGAGAGAGUAUGGAAGAUGUAUUAGGCAGCGGUUAUUGACCAUUCCUUCUGUGUAGUUCCACAGAGCUCUGUAAAGACAGUGCGUGGCACUUGCCUGAGUUCUAAUAAAGCAGUAAGCAACUACCAAAGGGCUUCUUGCUCUUCAAACUCCUGGCUACAGCUUUUGUAUAUUUACAUUUGAAGUUUACUUAGAGAUUAGAAAGGAGGUAUGGAAAUGUUAGUUGUCUUCCUGCCAAGUAUCUUGGGUCUUUUCCUCCCAAAUUUGGUGGCCUCUGGGUGCCUUAUUUAAGUAUAUAGUAUUAUAUUCGAGUCCACUUUGGGCUUUGGCCUUUUCUUUUUCCUUUUUUUUUUUCCUUUGGCAGCCCUACAGAUUGAACCCAGAACCUCAAACAAGAACUCUGCCAUCCUAUCCCUCUGCUUACAUUUUAUCUUGAAGAAUAAUCUCACUGUUUCCCAGGCUGGCCUUGAACUUGCCAUCCUGCCUUAGUUUCCCACGUAGCUGGGAUUUUAGGCCCGAAUCAUUAGGCCUGGCUCUUUUUAUCUUCUUGGUCAGUUGAUCACUUGGUUGAUUCCACGGUCUCACUGGGGACCCAGAGCUCGACUGAACUCUGGGUCCUUCUGCCUCAGCCUUCUUGGGUACUAGGAUUACAGGUGUGCCCCACCCCACCCCCAACAUGCCUGCCUCUGUAUCUUCAUCUUGGAAAUUCUUUCUCCAAAAUUAUUAAGGAAUGUAUAUUCUCAGCACUGUAGUAUAACUUCACAUUUGACUAACUCCCCAGAACAAUAAAAUUUGUCACUUAA